UAUGUUGUUUACUGACAUUUAUUGAAGUAGAAAUGUCAGGGAAAAUAAGGAUAACAAGCAAGGUAAUCACAAGAAUAAUUUAACAUUCACAACUUGUACAGCAUGUCUCAUUGACACUCAUUUUUAAGAUAAGAUAAGACUUUAAUUAUUAAUUGUCCCAGAGGGCAAUUCUGUUGCAGCUCGAUUAAAAUUAAAAUUCAUACACAAUUGCAUGCACAAAACUAUUCAUGUCUCAUUCAUAUUUCAAUGCAUAAAAAUGUUUCCUUAUGACAUGUUAAUGAACAUUUGAUAUUUGAUUAAGAGUUGGAGAAGAAGCUAAAACAUGUAACCAUUGACAAAACCAUUAUAACUCUUUCUUUACGCUCUCAACACGAGUGGCUGUAGUUGCCCUGCUCGCUUGUUUACCCAGUAUACACAUAGGGCUGAAGCAUUGUUAUAAUUAUCUCCCUUACAUGACGAAGGACGUACGUUUGAACGGAAGUCUCGCCGAUAUUCUACACUACCUGUCCUUUUCGAUUGUACACGAUCGUAAAGAUUAUGCAUCUGAAACGUCGGAUAAGAACAGAAAGAACAUUCCAGAAGAUAUUCCUGCUUCAGAUGAAGUAUAAUUUGACCACAAAUGGUAAUAUCAUCCAAGAUAGACCUCCAGGAAGCUGAGUCUGAUGUUUUAAAUUCAGAAAGACAUGAACACACAAUGUUCUUGUCAAUAGAAAUUCACAGCUGUUUCAUUAAGAAGGUGCAAGAGCUGAGUACAUCCACCUCACCAUAUGUUUCCAAUCGUAAAAGACAGGUAGUGUUGGAAAUCGCCGAGACUUUCGUUCAAACGUACGUCCUUCGUCACGUAAGGGAGAUAGUUGUGUUCAUAAAUGCCUAAACUAUCUUAUGAAAUUUUUUCUUCUAAACCACGAGCUGUAUAUGCCUAAAAAAAAAUUACAACAAUGCUUCACACGGGGUAGUUUAACGCGGAAUAUGUACCAUCCAUCUCUCCCCGUACAAUCUUCAGUCGGACCUCGAUAAGUCGAACUCAAAGGGACCCGAAAAAGAAAGUCCACUUACGGAGUUUUCGAGUUAGGGAAAAUGGCGUAAUAGGUGCAGGUUAUUGCAUACAUUAGAAAGGAUUUUUUUCCCUGCAUGGUCUAGAACUGAACUGAAUGACUGCAACAGUGAUGUUAGUACCCUACCAGAUCAUCUUUGGAAGGGCUUGUCUGUGGAUGGGCCUAGAGAUUUUCAGAUUAAAACAUUUGUGGAGGAGGAUUAUUAUUAUUCCCUGGACAACAGCACAUAUGUUAUGCCUGGAAUCAGGUUCAUAUGGAAAGUGCCAGCAAGUGGAAUUAGUCGUAGUGGUACCAAGGGGUACUGGUUGCUGCUAAAGCAAGUUAAUAGUAACAAUGUUGUAUGCAGAGUCUUUGAUCUUUCAAGAUACAACUUGAGAAGUCCUAAUAUCUUUUUCUUGUUCACUCUGUUCCCACUUAACUACAGCUUGUCAACAUCAUUUGUCGUCCAAAUUAAUAGUCUACCACCACCAUCUGAAGCUGAGAUCAUCCAGGAUUCCAGUGGACAGCGUAGUGUGUCUAUUCCUGCAGCUCAAAAGAAAGAAGCAGUAUUAAAUCCAGACCAGUGGACCACUUGGAUAAACUUAGCGACGGAUCCCAAAAGAGGGUCUGUGAAAGUCAUCUUUGGAUUUGCGGAUAGGAGUUUUGGUUUUGAGGAAUAUAAAGUGCGUCUAAACACAGCUGAAUAUCUCACCACAGUGAAAGAGGCAUCUGUAUUCCAAGUGCACACAAAACUGCAAGGAGAAUAUAUAUUUGAAAAUAUUGAAAGUGGAAACUAUGUUGUUUCAGUAACACCUGAAGAAGUUUAUCCUGGUGACCACAAACAAUGUGUAUGCUAUUCUAUAGAAGUGUUUGGAAGGAACUGCAGACCUUGCACAAAAUCAGUAACAUCUGAGUUUGAAAUUAGAGGAAAGUCAACACCUUUGACAGGAAUGCCCACUAUAUCAUUUCCUUCUGAUGUAAAUCAAAGCUCUGCACCUGCAAAACAUCCAUCAACAACACUUCAUCCUCAAAAGGUCACAUCAAAAUCAUCAACUGCUAGCACUGAAAAGCUGAACAUGUCUGAACCAUAUCCAUCAGGACAACUGUUCACCAAGUCCACACCAAAACCAACAUUCAGCAGCAGCCUUGGCAUUUUCACGGGCACAGAACAAAGUGGACCUUCGAUAGCUGGUGCUGCAGUGGGUGGAGUGGCAUUGGUUGCACUUUUACUAUUUACUGGUUGCUGGUUUUGGAGGAAAAAGCAAACGGCGGUAAAGAAAAAUGAUUCCAAUAACAGCAGAUCUGUGGAUAGCGGACUUGAUCAUUCAUCGGUGUUUUUCCAAGAUGUUGAUGUCAUAGAACCUGAUCUAACACCGUCUUGUCCUGUCUCUAUACAACAAAAGAGAGUGCUGCUGUUGGCUGCUGAGGAUCAUGUCUACCACAUCCAGGCUGUCGAGAGGUUCGCCAACUUCUUGAGUGUCCACUGCAGGUGCAAUGUUAGCUUUGCACCUCAGUGUUUGUCGGAGAUACAGGAACAAAACAGCUAUUGCUGGCUUUCAUCAAUUAUUGAUCAUGCUGACUAUGUUCUUAUCAUCACCUCAAAGGCUGCACGCUGCCUCUAUCUAGCCUUCCAAAAGGGACUCUCAUACCGAAGAGACAUCUUUGGGCCUCAUGGAGACCUGUUCACUCCUGGUAUUCAGCACAUCUGUGGAAUGAUAGCACGCAACGUAUCUGUUCACAAAAUUCUGACAGUGCAAUUUGAAUACACAACAUCCAACUACCAUUUGCCAAUUGCAGCUUUACCAUCUUUUGUGUACCAGCUUCCAAGACACCUGUCAUCACUAUUGCAACAUAUACACAAAUUAAAUAAGCACAGUAUGGAGAUGUUAAAGGGUAGUCUGCCUUUGGAGUGCAGUCCCUUGGAUCUUCUUGAAGGCCGCCUUUGGAUGGAAGCAAUAGAGAAAGCAAAAUCAUUUGAGAAAAAUCAUAUUAACUGGUUUGAAGAGAGGUUUGACAAACCAGUGGAAAUAUCAAAAUCAAUUCAACAGGUUGAGGAUGACUCUGGUUAUAAUACCAACAGUUUUCACACCAGGUCUGUUCUUAGACCAGUGCAUCAUGUGUCUUCAGUCUCACUGUCAGAUAUAUGUGUGUGUGAGAUGGAAGACAAUACAGUUCAGAAUUUUUCAAUCACAAAAGAUGACUUCUUUGAGCCAUCUAUGUACAGUACCUUUACAGUUAUGCCAACUUCAAGCUGUUUGCAAGAAGAGAUUGAUGACACUGAGUCCUUUUUGAGCAAGCACAUGCACAAGUUUAAUCAGCAAUAUGAAGAGCAGCUGCAAAUAGAACAAAGUUUUCCCAUUGCACAUUCCUUAGACCAGGAAUCACCAAUUAUUCAUCAGCAACAUUUACAAGUUCCUUUCAGUGAGACUAUUCAGAAAAAUGCUCAGGGUUUCAGCGAAGUGUUAGUCAACCAUGAAAAUGUUAGUCCAGACAGUAUCACUGUUCUGUCAUCAGAGAGUGUGUGAACUGGUUUAUUUUAUCACUUCAAGCAAAUAUUAUAACUUGGUCAUGGUCAUUAUCAUUUUUGGUGAGCUAACAUAAACCUUUUUUGCAAACCAAAUACUAAUGUAUUAAAAAAAUAGAAAGUGUGAAAAAUAUUUGAGAUAUUUUAUUUUCUGAGGUAUUCAUUUUAGGAAAUUAAGCAUUGCAUUCACUGAAAGUUUUAUUUAAACAUCACAUUUUAAAGAUCACAUGCAUCCUACUUAUUUCACUGUUGGCUGUUUGUGCCUUAACCAAGUUUUAAGAAGAACAAUACGGAGCUAGCUACGUGUGUGUGUGUGUGUGAGAGAGAGACAGAUACUUAAAUGUUUUAAACUUUAUUCAUUCUUGCCUUAAGUUCUUGAAUGGAUUUUUUGAGUUUUGGGGUGAGGGAAAAAAUUAAUUACCACUAAGAUGUUUCAGAUUAUUUCAAAGUAAUCAAUUACACGAAGACAUUGAAAGUCUGCCAGAUAAAGUGAAAUUUAGGUCAUUUUAAUGCUGACUGAGCAUAAUUAAGAUCACUAUUAUCAGAUUUUGGGAUCAUCAAGUGUGCUGUUUUUGUUUUUGUCGUAAUAGGAUUCUCAGUGUAUGACAUAAACGUUGAUUUGUCGGUAAGAGGUAUUUUGUAUACCUUUUGUGUUUUAAGUGGCAUUAUAUUAUGUGGCUAUCAGUAUCAAGAGGUGUUGUGAACACCAUUAUAGUGGUUGUCAAAAGGGAUAGUGGACAGUAAGAGGUGUUUUACAGCUAAUGUAUACUGUAUUAUUUUCUAUGUCCUAUGGGCAUCAGGAGGCAAUCAGUUAUAUGCUGCUCUGAGGUUUUUAGCACAUUUUGGUCUUUUUCUUUUUAGUGCUUCCUUAUGUAUUAUAAUUCUUUCAAGCAGUUUUCAGUUUAGGUAUUUCCAAGCUUAUUUAUUUGGCAGUAUUAUUGUGAUAAUCGUAUUGUACAUGUUAUUCAUUAAGUUUAGUAUAAUUAUUGAACUUGUGUUUUAUAUAGAUAUUUGGAUAAUAGCAAAUAACAUUAACUAUAUAGUACUUGGAAAAUGUGGAAAUGCUCAAAAUGUGGAAAGCUCAGCCAAAAUGUCCUCAUUCUACCUUCAUGGGAAAUUCAAAGGAUGUGCAGAUCUUUGUGGUUUUUCAAAGCCUCUUCUACCUCUUCUUCAACUUUGGACAAGGUUCGUUUUUAGUGCUAAAUAAUAUUUUAAUGGUUAUUGCUGAUGCAUGUCAUGUUAAUGACUUAGACAAUAUGGUACAGUAAUUUACUAAAACUUUGUAAAAAGGUACCACAUGUAGAGAGAAAUUAUCCAAUGUAAAAAAAACAAAACAAACAUGAUCUGUUCUGAAAGAACUUUUAGACUUUCGGAUGCUCAGGAUGAAUUCUGCAAAUUUUCCUGUGACAUGCAUUGGCCUACAAACACACACACACACGAUUGAGUCAUGUAUAUUGCAACCUAAUAAACUAACCAUUAUCAAGACGCUGAUAAUAUACCAGCAUUUAAUAGAGUCUCAUUUUUAUCAGAUCUGAAAAUAGUACCAUGACAGAUUAUUUUACAACUAGGGUAGAAAUGCCCUCUUCAAUACUUUUUUUUUUAUAUCUGAUUCCUUUACGAAAAAUAUGUUGUAUUUUCUGCAUUCACUAGUGAAUGAAUAAUCGAAUGCAUGGAGAUGGACACAGGUUUUGAUAUAAAAAUCAUUGUCCACUUGAUGUUAGAUGAUUUAUAUACAUUCUAUGUGAAGAAACAAUACUGUAUAAAUAAACUUCAAUGAUCUUUCGAGAACCAG